GAGACUUUUGCCCCCUGCAGUUUAUAAAGAACAAAGGAGACGAUGCAUUCAGGAAGGAUGAUUCUCGCGCCUCAAAGUUUAUCUCUAAAACCUUCGAUCAAAGCGUUUGUGUUUGCUGAACUCAUGUUUGGUUUCCUUCUCCUGGGAUUCACCUGCAAAGGUGAGUCUCUGGAGACGAAGCGUCCUCGGCUCGUUGCAGCGAUGGCCGGUGAUGACGUGGUUUUACCGUGUCACCUGGGAGUUACUGUGAACCCCGACGAGUUGGUGGUGGAAUGGGGGAGACUGGACCUCAACCCCAGAUUUGUGUUUAUGUGGUUUGAAGGGAGUGAAAAUGUAAAUGAGAAAAACAUCGCAUACAAGGGAAGAACGUCUGUGUUCACAGACAGACUGAGAGACGGAGACGUUUCAUUGAGGCUGACGGCUGUAAAACACUCUGACAACGGCAGAUUCAGAUGCUACAAUCCAAAAGAGAUUCAAGAAUAUUCUGUUGACCUGCUUGUUGGUUCUGUUUCCUCACCUGGUGUCAGUUUAUCUGGACUGGAUGUCAGCAGCAGUGGAGUGAUGCUGGACUGCAGGGCUGCAGGCUGGUAUCCAGAACCUGAGCUGUUCUGGCUGGACGGAGACGGAAACAUCAUGUCUGCUGGACCUGCAGAGAAAAGCCCAGAUCCUGAUGGUGUUUACACUGUUAGCAGCAGAGUGACUGUAGAGAAGAGAAACUACAACAACUUUACCUGCAGAGUCCAACAGAGAGACAUCAACCAGAGCAGAGAGACACACAUUCAUGUUCCAGAUGGUUUCUUCAUUCCUGAGCCUGACUGUAGCGUUUCUAUCGGCUCUAUGGUGAUUCUGCUUUUCACACUUUUUAUUGGAGCUGCUGCUUUUAUAUGGAAAUGGAGGCAAACUGAAAUAUCAAAGAAGAAUCUAAAAGUUCAAGCGAAUGAGGAGGAAAAGCAGCUCAUGAUAAAAGAAAAAGAGAAAUUAUCUGAGAAGAAAUCAAAGCUUGAGGAGGAGUUAAAAUAUAGAAAUGAGGAUCAGAAAAUUAUUGAUCAGCUGAUUGGAGCAUUAAUGGAGACGUCAGAGGAACUGAAGAAUCAGAGAAAACAACUCCGUGAUCAAAGAGAGAAAACAGAGAAAAUGAUUGAUGAGGAUGAGAAGAAAUUUAACACAAUUAUUGAUGAAGAAAGAAACCAGACGGAGAACUUGGUAGAGACUAGAGCACGAGGAUAUUUAAAACUGAAGGGAAUCAUAGCAGAGAGUCUAGAGAAAAUGGAGAAGAGAAAGAAAGAUCAUCAACAUGUGGAACUGAUGACAGAGAAACUAGUAGAGAAAACAUGUAAAGAGGUUAACAGGCUGAAGGAGAGGAAACAGGAAAUAGAGAAAAAUGUAGAGGAAAUUAAAAAACAACUUGAUGAAAUGAAAACAUGAAUGUUAUUUCACCACUGAGACAGAAACAGAUUCAGUUCAUUUGUUUUUACAUGAUGUGAGGAAAUAAAAUUAUCAGGUUUCAGUUCAUUGGAUUCGGUGGAAACUUUCAGACGUUUUUCUGAUUCAGGGCAAAAAACAUUUUGAAGAAAUAAAUCAGCAGAAAAGUUUAAACUCAGCAGUCAUUUGAUUUUUACAUGUAAGGAUUGUUUUAAAAAUGUCCUGGAUGUGAUUCAUUAAAUUAACUCCAACCAGGAACAAAUAUGGACUUUAUAACUGUAACAUAAAUAUCUGAAAACAGAUAUUUAUCUGUUUUCAGAUAUUUAUGUUUAUUCUGAGGAUUUAUCUUCAUCCUGACAUUUGAUUCAGUCUCUUUUUUAUCAGGACACAGAAUAAGACAUGUUUGCUUUUUGUUUUAGUGCUUAAAACAAAAUGUUUUGUCACUUUUUUGUAUUUAUUUAACUUUUCUUUAAAUCUGGUCAUUUCCCUUAAUGCCUCUCAGAAUGAACAUCAAAAUAUCCAGUAACAAGGAGACUUUCUGUUGAUUGUUUUACAGCAAAUGUUUGUAUCUGUGUUUUAUUCUCAUGUGUUUUAAUCUGUGUUUUAUAAAUAUUGCACAGUACUUUGGAGCAGUUGUUCACUUUGACUUAAAAAA